GCAUGUUCCUCUGUUUGGGGAAAUACCAUAAACAAGCUGUUUUUCCUUUCAACUUGAAAGACUGUUUCCUCUUUCGUGUCAGGUUUUUGCCACUGUAGAAAUAUAAUUUACUGAUUUUUUGGAAGCGUCUCUUCCUGCUCUCGAUUGAAUUUGCUGGACCACAGUGUCGGUCUGUGUGACCCGGAGGAGGACGUUCAGGCUCCACACAUAUCUGCAAAUUGCAUUGCCUGCAGCUGUAACGUUACCUACUGCUUUGUUUAACCAUGUCUGACUUAUUUCUGGUGCUCUUGAUAGUCGUGCUUCUUUUGUGUUUGGUUGUGACAGUGGGGGGUUUCCUGCUGUACUCGGGACUCCUAUCCGACGUGAUCAUAAAGACUGGGCCACCUCCUAUCACCAAUGUUACCAUUGCUUAUAAAUUCAAAGAGGGAUCAUACAAGGACUGCGGUUCAGCCUACACAGAGACGUGCAGCAUCGGGCCAAAGCUGAGCGCCAUCGGUGUCUUCUAUGAUGACCCCAAGCAGAGGCCAGCGGACAAAUGUCGCUACGUGGUGGGCAGCGUCCUCUCCCAGGGUGAAGAGCAGCCAGAUGAAGAGCUAAAGGAGCUGUAUCAGAAGUUUGGCUUCAAAGUGUUUUCUCUGCCUGAAGUGAGCCAUGCUGUGACCACCAGCUUCCCCUGCACCACGCCUUUGUCUUACAUCUUGGGACCUUAUAGAGUCUACCCGAGACUUUCUUCCUACAUUGAGGAGAGAAAACUGAGUGCUUUCCCCACCAUAGAGAUCUGUGGUUCAGAUGUCACCAACUACAUGGUCCCUCUGUCUCGUCAGACAGACUUUUUUGUUCCAGAAAUGAAAGAGGAGGUUAAAACUGAAGUUAAAGAAGAUGACUCUGAUGAGGACAGGGGCACUGACAUUACAGGUGCAGACUCACACAGUGACGUGAGCUCGGUCAGUGGCGGUGUGCCCUGGGACAGCAGAGAGACGUCCCUAGCUGCCUCCACGGCUGCCUCGCUGGCCUCCUCCCUGCCUCUGAGGGACGUAAUGGAUGCCAAUGAAGACAUUAAGCAAAGGGACCAGAGCGACAGAGGCUCGAACGAGUCAAUGGGCAGUGGCUCAUCUUUUGAGGAGCUCGACAUGGAUCAGGAGGAGCAGGAGGAGGAGGAGGCAGCUGAGAAAGAAGAGAAGGACCAUGGAGAGGAAGAGGAGGAGAAGGGAGAGAAGGUCCCAGAGGGUGAGGAGGGAGCCGGAGCAGGAGAUGAACUGGUGGAGGAGAAGAAGGAGCCCUUGGGGGAUGGGGAGGAGUAGGCUGGCUGCUGAAGCGAUAAGGGAUGAGGCCAUGUAACGCUGGCUUGCUAGAAAGUUCCUCAGAUGUUGCUGGUUAUCUGUUGUGUAAUCUGGUUGGUGGAUAAUUCUGUUCAUGCCAUGACCAACAUGCCAUAUUCCUGCACCCUGUUAUUCCUCUUUUUGAAGCCUGUACUUUUUGUCGACUGUAAUAACCUUUUUAUAAGAGAAUUCCUGAUCCUAUACUGAAACUCUGUUAGGAUAGAAGAAAAAGCCCUGUAGCUUUAAGAAUUUUUUUUGAAUGGUUCAUUUUUUUUGCAGCAAAUAAGACUCAAAAUUGGUUCAACUUUGUAUUUUUUUAUUUUCAACUUUAUUCUUAUGGAAUCUGUUCAGAUUAGAAGUGACACAUCAGUUGAAGAUUAACUUCAAAACGAGACAUUCAUUCAGCAUGUUAUUGCUCAUGUGUGACCUUAGGUUGAGGUCAAUUAUAGCAGAAAUGUAUGUCCUGUAAAUGUGUGAGUUACCCAGCUUUCAUGAUUGAUAAACAGUACCGAUGGGGUUCACAUGUGAAGGACAUAAGAAACUUUAAUGGACCUAUUUCAUUGUGUUAUUUUUUUCUCCCCCAAGAAUAUCUUAAGAUCCUUAAGUCCUUGGGAAAGAAAGUAAGUUAAAGUAACAUCACUGAGGACUUUUAACAAACCAGAAAAAAACAAGGAUGAAAAUGCAAAUCAACAAUGUAACGUUCUCCCUUGGAUACUGUACAGAACUUAAACUGAUCACUCUGUGCUUAAUUAAUAGCUUUGUUUUUCUCGUAAUGUUCCCUUCUAUCCUUUCUGUUCUGCAGUUCUGUUUGUAGCCAAAAUUCACUCACAUCAAGAGGCUAGUUCUGAUGUGUUUGUUGGUGGAAAUUGAUGGUGAAAUGAUGUACAGCACAUUG